AUGGGGUGCGGUGGUUCGACAAUGCCGAUGCCGGCCAUGCCGACCGAGGAAUUCAGCAAGAUGAAAUUGGAAAUACCAUCACCUAUUGCGUUUAGCGUUCCGUUGACCGAAGAAGAAGAGAGUGUCGUAAAGAAACAUCCACCGAAGAGACUGAGAAUGAUGGAGGGGCAACAAUCGCCGCCGCUAACCCAUGAGAUGCUGUUGGAGAAACUAGCGGACGCCGAUAACAGACGACAACAGAUCCUAAGCCAGAGGAUAGAAUCGGCCAAGACGCUGAUGCGGCCGAGAUACAACAGCGCGAACAAGAUGAACGCCGACGACGCGUUGGUGGAGAAUACAGACGACGUGGGCGACGAAGAUUCUUAA